AUGGCCGACGAGAAACCCAAGGAAGGAGUCAAGACCGGUCAUAUUAAUUUGAAGGCGGCGGGGCAGGAUGGUUCUGUGGUGCCUUAUUGUGAACGACAGAGAUUGUCAAUGAGGCAGAUCAGAUUCCGGUUUGAUGGACAGCCAAUCAAUGAAACAGACACACCUGCACAGUUGGAAAUGGAGGAUGAAGAUACGAUUGAUGUGUUCCAGCAGCAAACAGGAGGUGUCUACUAAAAAGGGAACCUGCUACUUUACUCCAGAAUUUUGUUAUAGACCAAGAAUACAUUCGCAAUUAGAAAGCCGCAAUUUGGUUCCGCCACAUCCUGACUACUACAGUAUAGUUUUUUCUAUUCUUUCAUUUCCCUGUCCCCAUUUCUUUAUUGUACAUAAAGUAACUGGUGUAUGUGCACAAG